UCGAUAACAGCAAAAGUGCUCUGAUCUCAAUCACCAAAUUUAAUUUUAUAUAAAUUUACAACCGUUUCUUGCCGUACAAUUUCAACCAAGCCAUGAAGAAAGUGAUAAUCCUUAAAUCCGAGAGUGAAAACAGUGAAACCUACUUGGCUCUGCUAGAAAAACACGGCUUCGAGCCGAUAUUUGUGCCAACGUUGGAUUUUUGUUUUAAAAACCUGGACAUCCUACGGGACCGAUUGUUGUCCCCGUACAAGUAUUCUGGUCUAAUAUUCACCAGUCCGCGAGCCAUCACGGCCGUCCGGGAUGCCCUUGAAGGGAACCGCUUGAAAGACGACUGGAAACCACUGGAAAACUAUUCGGUCGGUGAAACUAGCUCGGAACUCAUUCAGCGCUCACUCGACCUGGACACCAAAGGACAGCAUUCCGGAAAUGCAAGCGAUUUAGCGGAUUUCAUCAAAACGGAUCUUUACAACAAAACAGUGACGCUCCCGUUCCUGUUCCCUUGCGGGAAUCUCAAGCAAGACGUACUCCAGAACAAACUGUCCGAGUAUGGUUAUUCUCUGGAUUGUGUCGAAGUAUACGAAACCGUGCCGCACCAGGAUCUGGAACGGAAUCUGUUGGAUCUGUUUCGGGCGGCCACUGCUCGACCGGAGUAUCUGCUCUUUUUCAGUCCCUCAGGAAUUAACUAUUGCGCUAGUGUCUUUGAGCGACACAAGCUGGACGUCGGUGCCUGUCGGAUCGUAGCCAUCGGACCGAGCACGAAAAAAGCAAUCGAGAACAAAGGUUACACGGUGCAUCGGACGGCGGAGAAACCCUCGCCCGAGUAUGUUGUUAGUGCUUUACUAGACACCUAACCGAGUUUUGAGUAGUCUGUUUGUAGGCGUUUUGGAUUGUUAUUAAUUACGAUACUCGAAAGAAAUACAAAACCUAAGUGUUACAAGUCAAAUUAUUUAGACUGGGGAAGACAUUGCAAAGCAAAGCAAAUAAAAUAGAGUCAAGUUGUUGGUAUAGUUCUAGAAAACAGAACAGUUGGUGUCAUACAGUUAAUGCCGUCUAAGGUUUAAUCUAGAACAAAAGUUGUUACGCAUAAUGAUAUUGAAAGUCAAAGAAUAGUUGUUGGAAACUAGCAAACUAAAGGAUCGUCAUUCCUUAUAUUUCUAUUAACGUCAGUUGUGUUUCGUGUUCCAUUUUAGGCUAUAUCCUCUGCUAAGUCAAUCGCACGCAUCAUAUUUUGUUUUAUAGCUGGAUGAUGUUUGUUUUUAUUUUGAGUUUUAAUAUUUUUAUAAUACAUUUUUCGCUUUCA